AUGUCUUCUAUAGUCGAUGGUCUCAUCAAUUCCGACAACCCAGACUCGGAUCUAGCUACAGGUCGUCAACGAAAUGGCAGCUCCAAAACUCCCAAUGGACGACCUGCCCCACGCUCCUCGGUGGCCCCAUCAGAAAGUAAUGGCGCACUCAGCGAUGUCGAAGGCUUUACAGAUGAUGAAGUUGUCGGUCUCAGGGGUACAGACCGAAACCGACCGAAGGAUCCCAUGUCGAAAGCUGUACCGCGGGUAGUAGACAAGGUGGGCGAGAAAGUAGCAGAGGAGUUUGAGAACUUCUUGGAACAAUAUGUCGAAGAUAUCACGCUGUCCGGAGCUCCACCCUCCAGUGCCGUAACAAGCGAUAAAUACUACAUAGCACAGAUUCACGGCCUCAGAAUAUACUCCCUCUCAACCCUCUAUGUCGACUUCCAGCACCUACUCUCUCUGCCAAACCCGACUCUUGCAAAUGCUAUCGCCAAUGACUAUUACCGAUACCUACCCUUCCUCACCCGCGCUUUACACAACCUGAUUGCAAAAUAUGAGCCAAGAUACUUCCGAGAACAUAGGCAGCCGACAAGCGCCUCAAGUCAGACUGCAGACUCCGUAGCGGGCAAUGGAGUCAGCCAAGUCGAGACAGUGGGCUCAAAGACUAUGAAUCAACAGACCGACAAACUUUUCACACUCGCUUUUUACAAUCUCCCUCUUAUCUCACGAGUCCGUCAACUGCGGACCGCCAACAUUGGCAAACUACUCUCAAUAUCCGGCACAGUGACACGAACAUCAGAAGUCCGACCAGAGCUCUACCUAGCAACAUUUAUCUGCGAAGGCUGUAGGGCCGUGAUCCCCAACGUGGAGCAAACAUUCCGAUACACAGAACCGACCCAAUGCCCCAACCUGACCUGUAUGAAUCGUCAAGGCUGGCGCCUCGAUAUCCGCCAAAGCACAUUCGUUGACUGGCAAAAAGUCCGCAUCCAAGAGAACAGCUCCGAGAUCCCCACAGGCAGCAUGCCGCGAACAAUGGACGUGAUUCUUCGCGGAGAGAUCGUCGACCGCGCCAAAGCCGGCGAAAAAUGUGUCUUCAGCGGCACCCUGAUAGUCGUGCCAGACGUAAGCCAGCUUGGCCUCCCAGGCGUUCGACCAGAAGCCCUUCGCGACAACCGCAACACUCCCCGUGGUGGCGACGCAGGCGGCAGCGGGGUCACAGGCCUCAAAGCCCUUGGCGUGCGCGACUUGACCUAUCGAAUGGCCUUCCUCGCCUGCAUGGUAACGCCCGACAUCUCCACACCAGGACAAUCCGCGAAUCAACAGACCAACAACAUCCUCGCCACAUUAACACAGGGGGUGGAAAUGACCCCCAAGACACAGGCGACCAAGCCCAAGACGCCUACCUGCAAUCCCUCACGUCCGCCGAAAUCGAGGAUCUGA